AUUCGAAAACUUAAUAAUAAUUUCUUUUCACACUCAGAUUUUCGGGGAAAUGAGAGCAAAUCUCGGAGUAAAUUCAGCAAGGACCUCAAUUCUUAUUACGUUAAACCUUAAAAUCAGGAUAUCUUGAACUCUAAAGCAACCAUAUAUUCUAUUGUUAGGUGCCAUAUUUGAGAUCCACAAACUAUCUAUAUCAUAAUCAAACGCCAUAAAGAGAAACAUCUAUUCCUAUCCCAAUUCCCAACCGACUUACCUCCUGCUAUAAAUAAGAACAGCUUCACCAAUCCUCCAUUGUUUCGUAUUCCAAAAAAUUAUUUUUUUUCUGGAAUGGCUGAAGAAACAGAGAUGAUAAGAAUGAUGGGGAGUGAUGGGAAGGAGGUGGUGGUGGAAGAGAAAGUAGCCAUGAAAUCUCAAACAAUUCGCCACUUGAUUGAAGAUAACUGUGCUGAAGACGUCAUACCCAUACCCAAUGUCACGGCCUCUGUUCUCUCUGAUGUGUUCUAUUACUGCAAGAGGCAUAUUGACUAUUCCUUGCCGAAUGAAGAACAGCUUGAGGAUUUUGAUGCCAAAUUUGUCGAUGUUGAUGUGGAUAAGCUUUACGACCUUAUUAUG